GUGAGAUAUAACUCACUACUAUUUCUCUUGCAAAUAAUCAAUAAGUUCUUAACAAACCAUGAUGAGGGUUCUAAAGGUUGUUUUAGCAUUGUUUCUUCUUCUUUCUAUAGUUCAUGUUCAGCCAAACCAAGCAAGUAGGGUUAUGAAUAUGAAGAAGCAAUUAGGGCAGAUGCAAACCCUAGACAAGGGUCCUACCCCGCCCUCGGGGCCGUCGACCUGCACAUCCAUCCCCGGCAGCGGCGGCAAAAAUUGCCCGCCGGUGAAUGAAAUGAAUGUUGCUGGCAACGUUAUUCGUCCUCCCCGUAGCGGCUUCGCCUUCAAUUAGGUGUUUCAUUAAAUCAACAAUGAAAUAUUCUUUUAAUGAAGCAAGGAAAGUACCAUGAUGAUUAUUAUUCUUGGUUACAUAAGCUUUGUAACUAGAAAUUAUUAUUGUUUUAUUUGUUAUUUUUUCAUUUGUUUUUGUUGUUGUUGUGAUUGACGAUGAUAGUUUCAUAAUUUAUUUUAUUAUAUUCUUAAUGACUUAAUGUUGGAUAUAUAUAUUUAUAUAUAUCGACAAGAAAAAUAAAAGGCAAGCGUAUACAUAUUGUAUGGUUUAUGUAGCUACUCUAGUUCUGUACUAUUAAACUUUACAACGGAAUAAUACACCAUUAUUUCUUA